AUGUCCCUUGAGUGCGCGCAGGCAGCGAGGGCUGGGUCCCUGCGCAGCCUGGAACUAGCCAACCGCACCCGCUUCCCCUUUUUCUCCGACGUCAAGGGCGACCACCGGCUGGUGCUGAGCGUAGUGGAGACGAUCGUGCUGGCUCUCAUCUUUGCGGUGUCGCUGCUGGGCAACGUGUGCUCUCUGGUGCUGGUGGCCCGCCGACGGCGCCGGGGCUCCACCGCCUGCCUCGUGCUCAACCUCUUUUGCGCGGACCUGCUCUUCACCAGCGCUAUCCCUCCGGUGCUGGCAGUGCGCUGGACCGAGGCCUGGCUGCUGGGCCCGGUCGCCUGCCACCUGCUCUUCUAUGUGAUGAGCCUGAGCGGCAGCGUCACCAUCCUCACGCUGGCCGCCGUCAGCCUGGAGCGCAUGGUGUGCAUCGUGCGGCUGCAUAGCGGAGCGCGCGGGCCUGGGCGGCGGGCGAGGGCGGCGCUGCUGGCGCUCAUCUGGGGCUACUCAGCCAUCGCCGCGCUGCCCCUCUGCGUCUUCUUUCGCGUCAUCCCGCAGCGGCUCCCGGGCGCAGACCAGGAAAUUCCAAUUUGCACCCUGGUUUGGCCCACCAUUGCUGGAGAAAUCUCCUGGGAUGUGUCUUUCGUUACUUUGAACUUCUUGGUUCCGGGACUGGUCAUUGUGAUCAGUUACUCCAAAAUUUUACAGAUCACAAAGGCUUCACGGAAGAGGCUGACGGUGAGCCUGGCAUACUCCCAGAGCCACCAGAUCCGCGUGUCCCAGCAGGACUUCCGGCUCUUCCGCACGCUCUUCCUGCUCAUGGUCUCCUUCUUCAUCAUGUGGAGCCCCAUCAUCAUCACCAUCCUCCUCAUCCUGAUCCAGAACUUCAAGCAGGACCUGGUCAUCUGGCCGUCCCUCUUCUUCUGGGUCGUGGCCUUCACGUUUGCUAACUCGGCCCUGAACCCCAUUCUCUACAACAUGGCACUGUUCAGGAACGAAUGGAGGAAAGUUCUUUGCUGCUUCUUGUUCCCAGAAAAGGGAGCCAUUUUUACAGACACGUCUGUCAGAAGAAAUGAUUUGUCAAUUAUUUCUGCCAAUUAG